AACCAACGGUACCAGCCUUGACGAAACUUCCUACCAGAAAGGAAGAAGAAGAAGAAGAAGAAGAAGAAGAAAAAAAUGUCUAGGAAGGGAGAAAUGGGCACCAAGAAAGUGUUGGUAGUGGGCGGUACAGGCUACUUGGGGCAACAUCUCUUGCAAGGAUUUUCAGAGAUCCAAGGAAUUACCCCAUAUGAAUUGGCAUUCACCUACAACUCCUUUCCUCCUCGCCCUCUGCUCGACGCCUUCCCCGGAUCUCUCGCUUUCCACGUUGAUUUGAAAACUGGAGCUGGUUUCCAUUCCAUUUCUCACCAAUUUGGCAAGCCUGAUGUCGUUGUGAACUGCGCUGCUCUGUCGGUUCCUCGUGCUUGCGAGAAAGACCCUGAUGCCGCUACAUCUAUCAACGUGCCUACUUCUCUUGUAAACUGGUUAUCAAGCUUCACCCAAAAUGACAUUACGCUUCUUAUUCAUCUCUCAACGGAUCAAGUGUAUGAAGGAGUGAAAUCAUUUUACAAGGAAGAAGAUGAAGCUCUUCCUGUUAAUGUUUAUGGAAAAUCAAAAGUUGCAGCUGAGCAGUUCAUCUCUGAGAAAUGGACAAAUUUUGCUAUUCUAAGAAGUAGUAUUAUAUUUGGGCCACAAACUGUAUCACCUGUUCCUAAAUCUCUUCCUAUUCAGUGGAUUGAUGGUGUCCUUUCCAAAGGAGAUAAAGUGGAGUUCUUUUAUGAUGAGUACCGCUGCCCGGUGUAUGUCAAGGAUGUUGUGGCUGUCAUCCGGACUCUGACUGAGAAAUGGUUAUCAGAGAGUAAGAAAAUGCAGUUGCUACUAAAUGUUGGUGGACCGGACAGGGUUUCCCGUGUUCAAAUGGCUGAGGCUGUGGCACAGAUUAGAGGACAUGAUUCAUCAUUAAUUAAACCAGUAUCUGCAUCAUCUGUUGACCGUGGUGUCAUGUCUCCUGCUGAUAUAUCUAUGGAUAUCACCAAGCUGGUUCAGACACUCAAUAUAUCACCUACUCCAUUUAAAGAUGGUGUUAAACUGACACUUGCUGCUGAAGCGAAUUUGUGAGUUUAGUGACACCUAUAGUUGCCCUUUUUUUGAAGUACUUUAGCAUCUAAAAGGAGUUUAAAUUUGUGUUUUGCUGGCAUUUGUUGUUGAUUAUUAAAGAACAUCCGUAUAGCCUUAGUGAACAAGUUUAAAUAUGAAACUCUGGGUAUUGAAGUAUAAAACUUGUACCCAGACUGUCACAUCGGUGGUCAGAUAAGGUGCCUGUUGCACCAAAAUUCAUUCAUUGCUCUGUUCUAAAGCCUAAGAGCUAUUCGUUUGUUCAGAUACCUUCAGAGCUAUAAUAAAAAAUUGGGAGAAUAAUGAUCC